AUGUCAUUGACAUACACUCCAAGAAAUCUUAUAGUUGGGGGGGAAAACCUCGCGGCGGAGGCCGCGGAAGAGGCGGAAGGGGCGGUGGCGGAAGAGGUGGAAGAGGAGGACGGGGCGGAAGUGGUUCAAGGGACUCGCAAGGUUCAGGGUACAAGGGUGGUUGGGGAGGUUCAGGUUCGGGGGGCGGGGCUGGGCGAGGAUCGGAUGGAGGCGGGGGGAGACGAGGGGGAGGCUGGGGAGGCAGACGCGGAAGAGGUGACGAGAGGGGCGGAAGAGGCGGGGGAAGGGGAGAGUGGGGAAGACAGCAGGGCGCAGCUGGCGGAGCGAUUGGGCGCGGCGGGGGCGCCAGCCCGGGCGAUUCGAGAAAGCGCAAGUUUGAAGACGCAGGCGGAGGCUGGUGACAAUGAUGAUUGGCAAGAUGAAGGGGAAGAUGGUGGAGAUGGCACGGACGCACACGGUGUCCCACGUGCUAUCAUACUCAUGCUCAUUAUCAAUUCCCCUUUUACAUGUCUCUCAUUCGUGAUUCGCUGUCCCCUCCCUCCUCCUCCCAGGCUGGUAACAAUGAUGAUUGGCAAGAUGAAGGGGAAGAUGGUGGAGAUGGCGCGGUCCCACACGGUGUCCCGUGUGCUGCAGAUGUGCGUCAAGCACGGCCGCAAGGAGGAGAGGGAGGCUGUGUUUUCGGAACUGCGCCCGCACUGCCGCGAGCUGGCCGUGCAUCCCUACGCCCACCACUUGGUUAACCGGAUGAUGGACCAUGCGAGCAAGGAGAAGAAGCAUGACAUCGUGGGGCAGCUGAGGGGGCACGUGGUGGAGAUGAUGCGGCACCCUGUCGCCAGUGCUGUCAUAGAGCAUGCAUAUCAGCUCUCACCCCCAGCCCAACGCUCAGCCCUCGCAUCCGAGUUCUUUGCGCCAGACUUCCGCCUCUUCCCCUCCCUCGCCCUGCCGGGCGCCGGCCGCCUCUCCGACCUGCUGGCGAACCUCCCCUCGGGCACCAGCCGGCAGUCCGUGCUGCAGCACUUAGAAACUUCCCUGCAGCCGAUUCUCGAGAAGGGGAUUGUGGACCACUCGCUUUUUCACCGCGUUCUGGCAGACUAUCUGGGAGUCAUUUCCAAGAGGGAGGUGGCGGAGGUGCGGCAGCAGCUGAUGGGAGCGCUGCUGCUGCGCAUGGUGCACACGAGGGACGGGGUCAGGAUCGCCAAUACCAUGGUGGCGCAAGCAACUCCCAAGGAGGUGCGGCGGGUGGCAAAGGCACUCAAGGGGGUGGUAGCGCGGGUGAUGUGUGACGACCAUGGCCACCUGCUGCUGCUGCAGCUGCUCGAAUCAGCCUCCUCUGGCCCUAUCAACCGGUUCGUGAUCAAGGAAUUGAUGAAGGACCUCUAUGAGGUGAUGCAGGAGCGAAUCGGUCGCCGGUUCCUGCUGCAGCUGCUGGCCCCCUCCUCCCACCGCUACCUGCCGCCCGAUGCCGCCCAGGCCGUUGUGGUGGGCGGCAGAGUGGAGGAGGAGGAGGAGGAGGAGGAAGAGGAGGAGGAGGAGGAGGAGGAGGGGGAGGAGGAGGAGGAGGGAGAGGAAGGGGAGGGGGAGGGUGGGAAGGGGCAAGAGGGGAUGAUGGUGGAAGGGGAGGAUGGAGAGGAGAUGGGGGAGGAGGAGGGGGAGGAGGAGGAAGGUGAGGGAGUUGAGAUGGGAGAGGAAGAUGAGGAGGAGGAAGGAGAGGAGGAGGUCAAGCCUGGGAAGAAGAAGGGGAAGAAGCUGGAUGGCAAGAAGAGAAAGGCGGCAGCAGCAGCAGCAGCAAUGGAUGAUAGUGAUGAUGACGAGGAUGAGGAGGAGGAAGGGGAGGAGGAGGGGGAGGGAGCACAGGGGUCCCGGUCCCUUGCGAAGAGGAGGAAGCUUCUGGUGGAUUCAGGGCUGGCAGAGGAGAUGCUCAAGCUGGCAACGGAGCAUGCAGGGGCCAUGCUCACCUCUCAGUUCGCAUCUGAUGUCAUCUACGAGCUUGCCCGAGGAGGGGACUCCUCUCUGCUCGCCCUGUAUCACCCCUCACUGCUCUCCGCCCUGCACUCUGCCAUUGCCGCUGCUGCCUCUGUCCCCCGCCCCCCUGCUGCUGCUGGCGCUGCUGGGAACGCCAAGAGCGAGAAAGGAAAGAAGGGGAAAAAGGGGAAGGGGAAGAGCAAGAAGGGACAGAAGGAGGAGAAGGAAGAUGAGGGUGAGGAGGUGGAAGCGGGAGAGGAGAACGCGGAGGGUGGAGGGGAAGAGGAGCAGCAGCAGCCGAGCCACGUGUUGGAGGACUUUUUCGGGAGCAGAGUGCUCAGGCGCCUGGUGGCUGAUGAAGAGAGACUGGCAGCAGCAGCUGCAGCGGCAGAGGGAGAAGCAGAAACGGCAGAGUCGGAAGAGGAAGAAGCAGGAGCGGAAGGGGAAGUGGAGCCGUUUUGUGCUGUGUUGUGGCGAGAGGCACUGCAAGGGCGAUGCAGGGAGUGGGGCACAGGGCACAGUGCCAAGGUCGUGGCAGCACUGGCCCAUGCCCCGCACAAGCCAACAAAAGACGCCGCCCUGGCAGAAAUGGCAGCAUUCCUUGAUGAGCCUGAGUUUGCGGCAUUGAAACGAUUGGUGGAGAGUCCAUCCUCGCACCACCACCACUAG